AUGGUGGUGUUCCUAGAAUUGAAGCGUCUAUUGCUGGAGGUGCUACCAUCGCCUACCAUGAUGGCACAAGGCCGAUUGCAGUGUAUCCAAAAUCACUUGGCCUUGGUUUGUGAUAGCCUUUGGGCUAUCAAUUCAAUGAUCGAAAUCCCUGAGAUGGGAAUGUUGAAUAACCAUUUUUCUAAAAAGUUCUAUGGGUUUGAUGUGGUGACGUCGUUUGUGCCUGCAGAAUUUGCAGAUUGGGAGACAGAUGUGGCUACAGCAGUGCACUUUCGCCAUGUUAUUCUAGUGGAGCUGAAAGAGAUAUUGUGCCACUUGAAUUCUCUUGUGCUGAGAGGAUCUGCUAUGGGUCUUCGGAGGGACCUUAUGGCUUCCAUGAACCCACUCCGAGAAGACUACUCAAUUGUCUUAAAAAAUGAGGUGGUGGGUAGAGAGGAAGAACUAGAGAAACUCAUUGCAAUCUUCGAACAACAACUAGUAUCAUCCAACAACAAUGGCUUUGAUAAUAACCCGUUUGCAAUUGUCAUAGUUGGCAAACAAGGAGUUGGGAAGAGGACCUUGGCGCACAUGAUCUACCACCACACUUGGAUUGGCCAACAGUUUCAUCAUCGCAUUUGGGUGGAUCUACCCCUCGUUUCGACAUUCAAGAUGAUUAAUAUAAUUGGAAACGAAUUUGUAAGGUCCAUAGACAAGAAAGAAUAUUGUGAUCAGAAAUUACACCUAGACCUGCCGCUACCAGACAUGUGGGAAUAUAUUAAUGAACAACUCUGUGGCAGUAGAUACUUGUUGGUGCUUCAUUGUGAAAAUUUGGUUAGUUUGAUGCAACCAGAGUGGAAUGAAUUGAAGAACAUCAUGUUGCGUGUGGGCCGGUCGGGGAGUGGAGUCUUGAUCAUCUACAAAUCAUCAACAGAAUCAGCUGUAAGAUAUAUGAGUUUUCUAAAUAGACUGAAGGAUAUUACAACAUUCUGUUUGAAUCCCUUAUCGGCGGAUGCAUGGGUGGAGUUAGUCAGCAGACACGCAGCAACGACGAUCCCACUGAAGCGGGACAAAUCAGAGAAGGACGAGCUCAUUCCAUUUGCUGAGCAACACUCCUCAAACUUUCUUGGUCAAACUUUUGGGGCAAAGGUUUUUGGAUCGUUAUUCCAUGAUAUUCCGACGACAUUUGCAACACUUGAAAGCUGCUCACUUGAUGAUAUUUAUAUGGUUAGGAAUUUUCCACUUGUCAUCGUACGAUUACUCCAAUACCGUCACCUACUUGAUGCUGAUACUGAUAAAUAUUAUGAUAAUGAUUACGAUGUCAUCUCACACAUGUUGACCGCUGAAUGCCUCAUACCAACUGAAGGCCUCGAACCAGGUUGGAUUGAACGCUAUGAAAGAUUUUUUACCGAAAUAGAUAUAAAAUGGGAGUUAUUCGAAUUACUGUUUCGAAGGAUGGUCUACUUGCAUAUGAAGAUUCCCAAAGAUUCAACUACUAUUUAUAGGUGUUGCCGCUGUUUAUGUUUGGAAAUUAAUCCUAGAGUGAUACCAUUUCGACUGCCGAUCAUGCCAAUUAAGGUGAGCAGUAAGCUGAUAACAUUGAUUCUACAUGAAGAUAAGAAAACGACAAGAGAAGAUGUUGAGGAAAUAACACUUCGAGUAUACAAAAAAAGACGCAUGAAAGCAGCAACUGCAAUAUCAAAGUUCCUCAACAAGAUGUCGGUAAGAUUCGUACAUUUGCAUAUGUUAGUUGUAGAAACUAGUAUGAUCCAAAGCCUACCAAAUGAAAUUAGCAAAUUGGUUAGCUUGAGAUAUCUCCACCUUUCAAAGCUUAAGAUGGAAUUACUUCCGAAAUCACUUUUUGACCUGCUUAAUUUGCGAAUUUUAAGUUUGCUUCACUGCAAAAAGCUUCAAAAGAUACCUGAACGAAUCCAUAAGCUUAAGAAAUUGCAGAUUUUGAAACUAGCUUAUUGCACAAAACUUCAGUGGUUACCAAAAUCUAUAACAAGACUCACAAACUUGGAAGAGCUUAAUACGCAAGGUUGUUGUUUUCUGAGCAAGCUCCCAGAGGAUUUGGUCAGUUUUAAAUCACUGAGAAUCCUCAACGUUGCAGGAUGUGCAUCCUUGUCUCAACUUCCCCGUGGGAUCGAGCAAUCAAUUGGCCUUCGUAAGUUGUCAGGAAUAUUCAUCGGUGUGCAAGGAGGUUUUGUGCUCACACAGUUGCAAGCUUUAACAAAUCUUCAGACAAUAAGAUUAAAAAACCUAGAACGAGUAGAGGAGAUUCAAACUGUGAAGUGCUGA